AUGACGGAAGAGAUGCAGCAGGAGACCGUUGACAUCGCCUCUGCCGCUCUGGAAAAGUACAACAUCGAGAAGGAUAUUGCUGCUCAGAUCAAGAAGGAGUUCGACAAACGCCACGGCCCAACUUGGCACGUCGUUGUUGGGAAGAACUUCGGGAGUUAUGUCACUCACGAAACCAAGCACUUCAUCUACUUCUAUGUUGGUUCCCUAGCAAUUCUCAUCUGGAAGUCAUAA